AGUUCCUUUACACAUCAUACAUCUCUCUCUUUACUUGCAGCACACUGUGUACAUCUUUAUCUAUACAAAACCUAUACAAAAACAUCUUGGAACUAUAUCAAGAUCACCAACAAUACACAACAUGAAAGUCCCCAACAUCCUUCACCUGUUGUACUGCAUAGAAAUUCUGGGAGUGCUAUUGUGUGGAGUUGAAAGUGAUGUUACUCCUACCGACCCAUGGAGCACUCCUGAUGAAUCCCCAAACACCACCUUAACGACUCAUUACGAAACUACACAAGACAACUCAACAUCCCCAGCUAGUCUCACCUCUACUGCCAGCAGCACAACUGAAACCAGCAAGUCAACUGUGGCCCCAAAUAGUCAAUCAGCCCCAAAAUAUAGCGUUUCACCUCCACCUGGCCCAAAUCCCACCACCAACACACAUUCCAGUAUAUUUUACAAGAGAGAAUGUCUCGAAGUGUUAAUGGUGGCUGGAGGACUGAUGAUAGCCUGUGUUAUUCUGCUGUUUUCCACUUUGAUAUUGACGUUGAAGGUGUGCCGGUUGAGCAGACGCAUCAAGGUGCUGAGCAGCAAUGCUGACCUGAUCAGCAACUCUGAAUACUGGAUGGGAACUGCCGAGAAAAACAAAAGCAAGUCAGAGACAGAAGCCAAAGAGACCAGUAUGUUGAUGGCUGACGUCAGUCAAACACAGGAGGAGGUGGGUAACAGUACCACCAAAGAAGAAGAAGAGACGGUAAUCGAGGAUGGACAAACGGGAGAAGAGGACAAGAAGAAGUCUGGAGGCACUGCCAACAGUGAGGAGGUGUCAGCAAGUGAGAAUAAGGAGACACUUGUGAUCGGAGAUGAAAAUCCCUCCUCCCCGAAGCUGCAAGAGGAGGCAGCAGAUUCCCAGUCCGCCAAAGCUGUGGCAGCCUCCUCCUCUGAGGGCACAGAGGAACCAAAGGAUGUGGUGUAGAGUGAGAGUGAGAGCGAGUGUGUGUGUCUGUGUGAAGCCAGAGUUUCCUUAGUAACUGCCUUCAGUUCUCUAUAGUUUUACAACCUCUUUAAAUAAAUGGUACUCUUUCUUCAGCAGCUUUUGCUUUUCAGUCAAUAGAACAACUGCAUGUGCUGCAAAAUCUGUCAUACUCUGAGUCAUACUCUGUCAUAUGUACUCAACUCUGAGGAUUUCUGGUUGAAAAUAAUUGGUUGAUACUGUAUUUUUCUGUUAUU